AUGGUUGCUCCUGCAUUAGAAAAGGCGUCAGAUUCUCCUUACUUGAUGGAACAUGCGGAGGUGGAUGGAGGAGUGGAGAAGAGGGUUUCAUGGAACUCCCUCUUCACCCCUAAGAAGUCUAAUGUUAAGCUGGAAUUUUUUGAACCUAAAGGGAAAGACUCUAAAGGGCGGAUUUGUGUGGCCCCUCCUCAAGAAGUGGCUGAACAAGGUGCUAUAAAAUGGAACACUUGUGCUGUAGGUUUUUUCCUUGGUAAAAGACCACCAUUCUUGACGGUCAAAAGAGCAUUGGAGAAGGUGUGGACUGCUUUUGGCCUCAUUGAUGUCAUGACUUCGGGCCAAGGUGUUUUUAUAUUAAAGUUUCAAGAUAUAGAAGGAGCUUCAAGAGCUGUGGAAGAGGGGCAACUUACUAUACAAGGACAGCCGUUUCUUGUUCGGAAAUGGACUACUAACCUCCCUAUGGUGAUUAAUGAUGUAAAGAAGCUGGCUAUAUGGAUUAGAAUGUAUGGCAUCCCCCUUGAGUUUUGGACCCCGAAAGGGCUUAGCUACAUAGCGAGUGCAAUAGGAAUUCCUCUAUAUAUGGAUUCCGUGACUGAAGAAGGGAUAAGAUUGGAGUACGCUAGAGUUUGUAUUGAGAUAGAGGUGGAUUCAGAAUGCCCCGAUUUUAUUAGCCUAGCUUUGCCUAAUGGAGAAUCUAUGGUAAUCAAUGUGGAGUAUGCUUGGAAACCUAUAAAAUGCAAUGGAUGUCAAUGCUUUGGUCAUUCCACAGCAAGUUGCUCACUAGCAUCUAAACAAGGUGAUAACACAACUUCUCGAAGUACAUUGAAGGAGGGGGCUGGAUUUGUGUUACCUAAGAAACUACAAGGGAAAGAUAAAAUGGAGUAUCAAGAGCUGGAAAAGGAUAAGACAGUGUCGAAUCAAGAAGCAAUACAUGGGACCAACUUAGAUGAAGCCAAUAAGGAAGGUAAGAGGUAUGGAAGUGAAGCUAGCACAUCAAAAGAGCCUUGUUCUACCUCGGAAGAAAGUGUGAGUGCACGGGAGAGUGAAGUAGAUUCCAUAAACUCAAUUCGGAAUUUGGGCAGUAUGGAGGACAUGGAUCAAGAAGCCUCUCCAGCAAUGGUCCCAUUUGGUGGAAAACUUAAGGGCGGAUUGUGA